GAGGUUCAAAGUCCUUAUAGUGGCAUUUGCAUAGUGGAAAGGUGGUGUUCCGGUUAGGCCUAUAUUGUUACAACUAUUAUGUCGGAUCCAGAUGAUGCGCAAGGGGACCAAUAUGGGGGUGAUGGGGGAGCAGGCUCCGAGGACGCUAGGGACGCGACAGCGGACAGCAUGGGUGCCGAAGGACAAGGGUUAGGCAACUAUGAGGAUGGUCAAGGCGAUUACGAUGCUUCGCCCCUUGGGACACCGCUGGAAGGCGCGCGGCGAGGGAGCGCAAACCCAGGCGGCGGCGGCGGAGGUGGCGAGUCAGACGACGAUAUGCCUAUGCCGGGACGGCUUGAGGCGCUUGCCUCGCAGCGGUCGCGGUCAGCGGACAGCAGCUCACAGCGGUACUCCAGGCCAGGGUCCGCGGUGAUCAACCUCCGGGGAUCCCGGCCAAACUCUGCGGCCAUCGCUCAGGAAAUCGAGGGCUUCGAAGACGACUUCAUGGAGCGGGUGGAGGAGGAGCCGGAGGAGGAGAUGAUGGAGGAGGAGGAGGAAGAGGAGGACCUGGGGCCCAGCAUUGAGGAGCUCAUAGCGAGAGCGCAGCAGGAGCAGGCGCGUCUCAUGGAAGCCAACGAUACGCUCCAGAGGCGCGCCCGCAUGGCGCUCGACUUCCGGAACAAGGGCAGGCCACCCGUGAAUCGGGACCUGUCCAGGCUGGACGGUGCCGCCACACGCUACCGGGCGGCGCUGCGGCAGUGGAUCGAAAUCCUGGAGGAACGAGACAGUGUGGAGUCCCACUACCAGACCACCAUCUUUGACAUGAAGUCGGAGCUGGAGGAACGCAUCAAGCGAGCCGACGACAUCUCCAAGGCGUACAAGCACUUCCGACUGGAGGUGGCCAAGUCGGCGGAGCACUCCAAGACUUCGAGACCCAUCAGCGAGAAGCUACUGGCGCAGAUGGAGGCGGAGGACGCCGCCAAGGAGGAGGAAGUUCAGCGAGUGCGCCUGAAGAACAUUCACUUGACCAACCAGCUUCGCCGCAUUGAGCAGACCUUGCGACAGAAGGAGGAGCUGGCAGAGGGGCUGCAUCUGAUCGAUUUUGAGCAGCUCAAGAUUGAGAACCAAUCGCUGAAUGAGAAGAUCGAGGAGCGAAACGAGGAGCUGCUCAAGCUGAAGAAGAAAACGACCACCACCGUACAGAUCCUGACGCACGUGCGGGAAAAGUUGCAGUUCAUUGAGAAGGAGAACGCGGCCCUGGCCAGUCAGCUGUCAGCGCUGGAGGCGGAGCUGGCUGACAAGCGAGACCGGUUGGGGCGGGCCAAGGCGGAGCGAGACACGCUUCGAGCCAAGGGACGCAAGAUCAAGGAGAGCGGCUCCAACAUCACCAGUUCGCAGUUAAUAGAUGAUAUUGAGAUUCAAAAAGAGAAGCGGGAGAAUUUGAUGGUCGCCAUAGAGGAGGCUCAGCGGCAGUAUGCGGAGCUGUCGGACUCCAUCCAGCGAACCAACACCCGUAUUAUGUCGGUGGCAGAGGAGCUGCAGCAGGCGCAGGCUGCGGCGGCUAUAAUUGCGCCAGGGAUGUCGGCCGGCCGCAGCGCUGUUCCAGAGUACCAGUCCCGUGACUGCAUAAACUGCAACGAAACGGCCUUUAGAGGCAGCACAGUAUGUGAAAAAUGCGGCCGGCCUCUGAGGCAGGAAGUGGUGGACCAAGAGCUGCUCGCAGCUGCCAUUAAAUGCAUGGACCUGUCGGAGGAGCCCAUGGCUGGCAAGAAAUCUCCCCAGAAUUCGGCCGCCCAUGUUGUGCUUUUGGCAUAUGAUGAUCAGUGCCGGCGCCAUCGCGACGAAAAGACCCUGGGGUCUUUCAUCGGCCAUACCCAUCCAGAACGACCGGCGCGCGUCGCAGCCAUCAUGGCCAAGCUUCAGGAAUCUGGGAUUUUAAAACGGUGCAAGCGGUACAAGGGCCGGGAUGCGACGCGUGACGAGCUGCUUGCGGUGCAUAAUAAGGCACUGCUGGAUGCGGUGGAAAAAGCUACGCAGGUAGCAGUGCUCGCAGCGGAGCGAGACAAGACGACUUGGUAUGGGCCCCUGGACGCGCAGCUGGAGGCGAUGGAGGCGAGGGGCAGCAAGCACAUACGGGACGUGUACUUCAACCCCUCUACCGCGGCCUGCGCUCGUCUGGCUGCCGGCAGUGCGGCUGAGGUUGCCCGGCGAGUGGUGUCGGGAUCCGCCCGCCACGGUGCCGCCAUCAUCCGGCCCCCGGGCCACCACGCUGAGUCGUCCGUGGCCAUGGGCUUCUGCUACUACAACAACGCGGCUGUGGCGGCCAGGGCGGCGCAGGCGGCAGGGGCGAAGCGGGUGCUCAUCAUGGACUGGGAUGUGCACCACGGAAAUGGCACGCAGGAGAUUUUCUACGAGGACCCGUCCGUGAUGUACAUUUCUACACACAGAUACGACAGCAGCUGUUUCUAUCCGGGAACCGGCGGUUUGACCGAGACCGGCUCUGGCCCUGGUUUGGGUUUCACCGUCAACGUGCCCUGGAACGGCUCCGGGGUGCGGGAUGCGGACAUGUUGGCCGCAUUCCGCCACGUCGUCGUACCGCUGGCAACCGAGUUCCGACCCGACGUGGUCAUCGUGUCGGCGGGAUUCGACGCGGCGGAGGGCGACCCGCUGGGCGGCUGCCGCGUCAGCACCGCCGCCUUCAGCCACUUCGCCGCCAUGCUGUCCGCGCUCGCACCCACAGUGAUGCUUUUGGAGGGCGGCUACAACCUCAUCGCCACCGCUGCCGCCACGGAGGCGUGUCUGCGAGUGCUGCUGGGCGAGCCGCCACUGCUGCUCCAGGACGGAGCCCUGCAGGCCAUGGCGGGGGCGGGGGCGCCGCCGCCACCUGCUCAGGACGCGGCCAGUGACCCGUGGGUCACUUCAGGCCUGGAGGGCGUCUCGGAGAGCGCCCUGGACUCCGUGCGACUGGCGCUGCGGGCGCAUAAUGAAUUCUGGGAGGCAGCCGGGAAGCACCUGGCGGCGGUGGAGGCGGCGAGAGAGAUGAUGGCCAUGUCACGGUACUGGCGAUAA